GACCCCGAUCCUUCUUCCUCGAACCGGCGACGCGUUCCGUUCUGCCGUUGGGAGGAUAACUGAAUUUGGUAUGGGUGAAAAGGCGUCAGAAUCAUUGCCCCAGGGCCGGGAGGAGGCUCCAAGGACGCUGGAAGAUGCUGCGGCUUACGGUCCUCUGGCCUUCGCAGAAUCGGCGGCGGGAAACAAGCGCCGAGGCGACGUGCGGCAGAAUAAGAUCGUAAUCACAGAGAUGGAUGAGUUCGUGUUGGGCUUACAACUGAAUGCAGAAACAUGCAAGCAAGAAGCGCACGACGUGUUUGCGGACGAAGAUGACGGCGCUGUGUCUUCAAGCACUCUAGCAGAAGAUGACACAAGCGGGGCGGCGGCUAGGAAAAAGAUAGGUGGCACUGGAGACCAAGUAAAGGAUGGAGAAGAGGGAGCAGUCAAACCGGAUGAGGUUUUACAUGAAGCUGAAAUUGGCAAAGGUUUGGCUGGUGCUCUGAAGCUUCUUAAGGACAGAGGGACACUUGAUGAGGGUGGUGGAAAAACCAGUGACAAGAAGAAAAGCAAGCCUGUUGGUAUCAAGGAUGGACCAAAAGAAAUUCACAUAGAGAGAACUGAUGAGUUUGGUCGAGUGAUGACUAUGAAGGAGGCAUUUCGGGAGCUUUCACACAAAUUCCAUGGCAAGGGCCCUGGCAAGACGAAGCAGGAGAAACGGCAGAGGAAGUACCAGGAUGAGUUGAAAACCAAGCGGAUGAAAUCUUCCGACACGCCUUUAAUGUCUGCCGAGAAGAUGAGAGAGGCCCAAGCGCGCAGCAAGCCACCAUACCUUGUUUUAAGCGGCAAUGCAAAAUCAAGGCAUGCUGGCUAGCAACAUACUUCUAAAUUGUUUACUUUCUCUUGCCGAUGCAUGUACUUCCCUAAUCAUUUUGACAUCCUCAGAGGCCUUCAUGGAAAAUGCACAAUUAUUUUCUUUGGUUUUA